AUGCAUACUGGUUAUAUUAAAAAGAGCAGAGUUGAUGCGGAAGGUGUCAUGGGGAGGGUUUGUGACCUACACCCAGAUAGACCUCUCACCCAAUGCCAUUCCUGUGGCAGUGGCUCACUGUACUGGAGCAUGCCCUGCGGAGCACGGUCUCUGGGGGUUCCUGAUCAAAAGGAGAACAUACCUCUUGCAAAGGACCUCCUUUAUCCAGCUCCAGGAGAGGAGAAAAGGAAACAAGAAAAAUGCCUAGUGUAGAACCCCAAUUCUUACGUUAAGGAUGAGAAAUGCCCAGGAUGCAAUAAAACCACUGCAGUCUUUAGCCAUGUACCAAUAAUAUCCUUGUGUGCUUGCUGCUGCACUGUCCCCUCUCAGCCUACAGGCAGAAAAGCAAGGCUGACAGAAGGAUGCUCCUUCAGGAGGAAGGAACACUGA